GUUAGUUUGUUGUUAGGUGGCUCUCUCUCACUCAUGGAUGGCCGACUCUCAACUCCUCCAAGAUUAACUCAGAACACAGCAAACCGAGGGUAAAAGAAAAUGAUGCUUGCUCGAUUCGUAUUUCGAUCUCAACUGAGACCUUCUCUCUCAGCCAGACAAUCUGCUUCUUACUCCUCUGCUUCCGCAGCCUCGGCUGAAGCCGAAAGAACGAUCCGUGAAGGUCCGAGAAAUGACUGGAGUAAAGAUGAAAUCAAAGCCGUCUAUGACUCUCCUGUUCUUGACCUCCUCUUCCACGGAGCUCAGGUUCAUAGGCAUGUUCAUAACUUUAGGGAAGUGCAGCAAUGUACUCUCCUCUCCAUAAAGACUGGAGGGUGCAGUGAGGACUGUUCUUAUUGUCCUCAGUCCUCCAGAUAUGACACUGGAGUCAAGGCCCAAAGACUCAUGUCCAAGGACGCUGUCAUUGUUGCUGCUAAGAAGGCAAAAGAAGCUGGAAGCACACGGUUUUGCAUGGGUGCUGCGUGGCGAGAUACAAUAGGACGCAAAACCAAUUUCAAUCAGAUACUUGAGUACAUCAAAGAGAUAAGAGGAAUGGGGAUGGAGGUUUGCUGCACAUUGGGCAUGAUUGAGAAGCAGCAAGCGUUAGAGCUUAAGAAGGCUGGCCUCACUGCUUAUAACCACAAUCUUGAUACUUCGAGAGAGUACUACCCCAACGUCAUCACUACUAGAAGUUACGAUGAACGCCUUGAAACUCUUGAGCAUGUGCGUGAUGCUGGAAUCAACGUCUGUUCAGGAGGAAUAAUUGGGCUUGGGGAGGCAGAAGAGGACAGAGUAGGAUUAUUACACACAUUGGCAACACUUCCUUCUCACCCUGAGAGUGUUCCCAUCAACGCUCUUCUUGCAGUGAAAGGCACUCCUCUUGAAGACCAGAAGCCGGUUGAGAUAUGGGAGAUGAUCAGGAUGAUUGGAACAGCAAGAAUCGUGAUGCCAAAAGCAAUGGUGAGGCUAUCUGCCGGUAGAGUCCGGUUCUCGAUGCCCGAGCAAGCCUUGUGUUUUCUCGCUGGUGCAAACUCUAUCUUCACUGGAGAGAAGCUUUUGACAACGCCAAACAAUGAUUUUGACGCGGACCAGCUCAUGUUCAAGACGCUAGGACUCAUUCCUAAACCCCCAAGUUUCUCUGAAGAUGAUUCUGAGUCAGAGAAUUGCGAGAAAGUUGCUUCUUCUCACUGAAGUUUGGGAUACUCUUUGAAGUAGAGCUAUCUUUUUCACUUUGUAGCAUUAUUGGAUGAUUUGUUGAUACCACUUUUUUUUUUAUUGUCAUGUUAUAUUGAAUUGAACUGGUCUCUUGGUUUCUGUCACACGUUGCCAUAGUUUCGUAGUUGUUACUUGUUUUGA